GCAUUGAGGCCGGCAACCUCUAGCGAGGGUACAGAGAACGGGGUUCCCAGCUUCGACUGCGCUAUUGCUCUGCGUAGCCCAAGGAUUCGGGAGAGCAAGCGCAGCAUUUCAAGGAGACGCGUGGCUUUUGUUUGGGAGAACGUCGGAGAACAUUCAGCAGCAGCAGCGGUAGCAGCGGUAGCAGCGGAGGCAGCACCAAAAGAGCCAAGAUGCCUCUCGAAAGCACAAUGAUAUGCCUCGACAACUCUGAGUGGAUGAGAAAUGGAGACUACAUCCCCACCCGGAUGGAGGCACAACACGACGCAGCCAACCUUCUCUGCGGCAGCAAGACCAACUCCAACCCGGAGAGCACGGUCGGCGUUCUCACCAUGGCCGGGAAGGGCCCCGAGCUCCUGGUCAGCCCCACCGACGACAUGGGCAAGAUCCUGUCCUCCCUCCACGGCGUGUCCGUCCACGGCAAGACCAACUUCGCGGCGGGCAUCCAGAUCGCCCAGCUCGCCCUCAAGCACCGUCGUAACAAGCACGGGGGGCAGAGGAUCAUCAUCUUCGUGUCGUCUCCUAUCGAGGACGAGACGAAGACGCUGGUGAAGGUGGGCAAGAUGCUCAAGAAGAACAACGUGGCUGCGGACGUUGUCUCCAUGGGGGAGACUGACGACAACCAAGAGAAGCUUGAGGAGUUCAUUGGUGCGGCGAACUCCGGGGACAACUGCCACCUCGUGACCAUCCCGGCAGGCGUUCUUCCGUCCGACGUCCUCAUCUCCUCACCCAUCGUCAGCGAAGGCGGCGGGGGCGGUGGGGGCGGGGGCGGGGGCGGCGGUGGCCUGGCCGCCGGGGGAGGCGGGGAGUUCGGCGGGGCCGCCGACUUUGGCGGUGUGGACCCUAGCAUGGACCCAGAGCUCGCGAUGGCCCUGCGAGUCUCGAUGGAGGAGGAGAGGGCUAGACAGGAGGCCGCUUCCAAGGCCACCGCCGAACAGGAAGGGGCGGCAGCGGCAGACGCGGCUCCGGCGGCGGAGGAGGGCGAACCAGCUGCUGCUGCUGCAGCUGCCGGCUCUGGCGAGGAAGCGGCAAGGUCUGCGGAGGAGGGGAAGGGGGCGGAAGGCGGCGACGCUGCGGGGGCGGCCACCGCUAUGCAGGUAGAUGCCGAUGACGACGACGGAACUCUGCUGGCGCAAGCCCUGGAGAUGUCUAUGAUGGAAGGAGACGAGGCCGAGAACAUGCGGAUCGCCAUGGAAAUGAGCAUGGUGCCGGACACGAGCGAUCCACCAGCAUCGUCAACAACGGCAACGACAACGACGGCGGCGGCCGCGGCGCAACCCCCAGCCCCUACCCCCCCCCCGGCCUCCAGCGGCGCCAGCGCAAACCCUCCUCCGGCCCCGGCGGGGGGGGACGGAGGAGGAGGCGCAGCAGGGGCGGGAGAAUUUUUCGAUCCCUCGUUUGUACAGUCCCUUUUGGACCAGAUCCCAAACUUAGACCCGAAAGACCCUCGCCUCCAAGCCGGCGGGGGUGACGGGAGCGAGGCCAAGAAGGAAGGGGAGGAGGACAAGAAGGAAGGGGACGACUCGAAGAAGUAAGCACAGCUGUGCAACGCGUGACAGCUAGCACCAGCAUCAUCAUCAUCAGCAGCAGCAGCAUCAUCAGGAGCGGAGAAAAAACACUCAGUGUGCUUUCUGGAGGAAGAGCAGCAGCAGCAGCAGCAGCAGCAGUAGCAGAAGCAAGAGGAGCGCGGUGAAAUCUACGCCGCGGAUGAGGGUACUGCUGUUGUUGUGUCGUGUUGCAGCAGUGUUGGGAGGGAAGUAAAGACUUCGCGGGGAGGGGAGGAGGGGAGAGGCUCGUCUAACCUGAGGUUUUGCCACAGUUUCGAUAGGCGUUUUUAUUGGCGCGGGAGGCUGUCCUAGCUGAUCGCAAAACAUGACUGUCCUAUGUGUCGGAGGUAUCGCCGUCGAAAGUCCUUUUCGGAUGCCCCACUAAGGGUUCCCCAGCAGCAGCAGCAGCAGCAGCAGCAGCAGCAGCAGCGUUUGGAAAAGUACAACAGCAGAGGAUCUGCGUGCGGUCUAACUUUGCCGACCAAAACGAAAACAACAAAAUGUGGUGGGUGUUCUGCUGACAGUGCAGCUUGUGUUUUUUUUUCUUGGUCCUCCCAUCCUUGUGUGGAGGUGCGCAGAAAGUACAUCCGUCCCUGUGUACGCGUGGUGAUGGCGACGAGGUGGUUGCUGUCGUGCUUACGUGAUGUUAUGUUAUGAUGGUUCUCUGCUGUUGGGAGGACCUGUAGGGCGGCUGGAGUUCCAUGUUUUGUUGUUCGGUGAUGAUGAGGAUGGGAGGGGUACAUUUUUUUUUUGUCGCGAUGGACUGAUCAACAUAACGAAAUUACUUCCAUGU